CGCCCGUUGGGGGCGUGUCUUGCAUACACCGGAAGUGACGUCAUGUCACUGCUUGCCGCCGUGACGUCGCGAGGCAUAACAGGAAGCUGCCGCUGAAAUCUGAGAAUUGGUCUGAUGGCGCAAAGGCACUCGGCGCGGCUCGCCACGGCACGGAAACAGUGCGACCGUUGUGCGUACAGCACGGUGCGGACUGGAAGUCUGACGCAGCAUCAGAUGGCUCACACGGGCGAGAAGCCCUUCAAGUGCACCGCGUGCGGGGACGCGUUUGCGUGGCCAUUUUCUCUCAAGAAACACCAGAGGACACACACGGGCGAGAAACCCUUCGGGUGCCCUCUGUGCGCGAUGGCGUUUGCGGAUCCGUCGAGUUGCCGCCGGCACCUGAGGAGGCACACGGGGGAGAAGCCCUUCAGGUGCGGUGCGUGCGAGGUGGCGUUUGCCGAUUCGUCGACUCUUCAGAGGCACCAGAGGACGCACACGGGCGAGAGACCCUUCAGGUGCGGUGCGUGCGGGAAGGCGUUUUCCCAGUCGUCGAAUCUUGCGACGCACCAGAGGACGCACACGGGAGAGAGACCCUUCAGGUGCGGUGCGUGCGGGAAGGCGUUCGCACAGUCGGCGCAUCUCCAGGCGCACCAGAGGACUCGUACGCAUCAGGAGACAAGCAAGAGGGAGUGGCGCCUGACAUCGACCUGCGGCAGCCAAAGUGCCGCGCGGAGCCCGGCGCUCGCGAAGAAGGUGCCGGGAGAGAAGCCCGGCUUGGGCGCUUCCCGCGGCACCGGGGUUGGAUGUGAGGAGGUGACUGUGAAAUGCGAAGGAGUGACGUCGAUGGGCGGAGGAGUGAAGGUGGAAUGGGAAGAUGAAGGUUCGACUCCGACAUGGGACCUUGGCAUCGACGGGGGCAGCGUGAAGCGGGAGGAGAAUUCUGACUGUGAGGCAGAGCGAGGCAACUGCCAGCAGUUUGUGGAAGUGGAGGUGUGGGUGGACUUCCUCCGAGACGAUGCAAAGUCAAGUGGAGACCCGGUGAAUGUGUAGGCUUGAGGCGGUUGGCGCUCCGACAGAUGCACCUUCGUCCGGAGGCCUUUUCACUGAAAAGAACGCGGAGUUGAACACUGAAAUCCUUGGGUUCAAACCUGCGGGGUGAGAGCGGCCAGUCUUUGGCGGACCUGUGGGUUGGGUGGAUCUCUCACCAGGAGGGAUGCGUACUCUUUGGCUCUCUCGGUAAA